CGGAAGCAAACAACCUGAAACAUCAGAGCGGAAUCACCAGAACUCAACUCAGAUCGCGAAACUUUCUCGACACACCGACCUCACUCUACGCCACAGCUGAGCUACACGAGCUGCCGUCAUGGUGCCAAAGCUGGAGCGCGGGUUCCAGUUCCUCAACUCCGAGCAAGAGAACUCUGUCAUCCUCCGCGCCCUCAUCUCCGUCGUCUCCGGGGACACCGCGGCCGUCGUCCCCACCCUGCUGCACCUCGAGCCGUCCACGCCGCCCUUUGCUCCCGCCGCCGCUCCCGCGUGCGCUAGGUGCGGCACCAACGGGUGCCUCGGCUGCGAGCUCGCCAACGCCGUGGCGGCGACGACCGGCUCGAGCAGCGAGGGCGAAGAGUGCUCUGCCGCGAGCUUCGUGAAGAAUGGCGGCGUGGGCAAGCGGCGUGCGAGGAGGGGGAGCAAGUUCCGCGGCGUGCGGCAGCGGCCGUGGGGGAAGUGGGCGGCGGAGAUCCGCGAUCCGCACCGCGCCGUCCGCGAGUGGCUCGGCACCUUCGACACCGCCGCCGACGCCGCGCGCGCCUACGACGUCGCGGCGCUCGAGUUCCGCGGCCACCGCGCCAAGCUCAACUUCCCCGUCGCGGCCGCAUCUUCAACAACGUCGGCCUCUUCUUGGGCGGCGCAGUGCUUGUCGGAUAGCCAUCCCGAGAACUGCGGUUCAAAUGCGUCGUCGCCGUGCCGCGGCUGCCUGAACAAGGACGGCCGGUGGCGAGGGAGCAGGUCAUCUGGGAUGGGUUGCACGAAAUCAUGAUGAUGGAACAUUGCAAAUUCUGAAUUACUAUCAAACGUCCAUUUAGCAAUACAGCUUGGUAGCACCGUGCUACUAGCAUGGAGCCAAUAUGACUUUCUCAAGGGGAUCAGGUCAUCAGGGUAACUGAAAUUGCUACUAGCACGGAGCCAAGGACAAGGGCAUCAGUGUGAGUGGCAAUAGCGUGGAAUUCGGGGUUGAACAGCAAGAACCAUGGAAGGUUUAUUCGUUGCUUGGCAAGAACAAGAAAGAAGAAGCCGCCGCUCCAUUUAUAUUUUAAAAUCAGUCCAGAUGGUCAAUUAGUUGCUUCCGCUCGCUUUUGACUCUGAUUGAAGUGACUGAAACAUAUACGAAUACAACUGGAAUUUACAUCCCAGUUUUCAAUGUGUAUUUUGUCAGAUUUAGUUUUUACUCAUUGAGCAAGAACCACCUUUCAAGAUA